AAGAUGUGGUGCCUCCUCAUGCUGCUCUGCUCUCAAGCAAUUGCCUUUUCAGCAGGAUUCACAACAACACCCUCCACUCUGAACUCAGACAAAAGCCAGUUCAGGAAGCCUCAUGACCCUGAAUCCUUUAUGAAUGUUAGUGAAAUUAUCAGAUACCAUGGAUACCCCAGUGAGGAAUAUGAAGUUACUACAGAGGAUGGGUACAUCCUUAGUGUUUUCAGAAUUCCUGCUGGGAGGAACAGCCGAAAUACAGGAAAAAAGCCUGCAAUCUUGCUACACCAUGGUACUUUAGGAGAUUGUAUUCACUGGAUUUCUAACCUGCCUAACAGCAGCUUGGGCUUCAUCCUCGCAGAUGCUGGCUAUGAUGUCUGGUUGGGAAACAGCCGAGGAAACACCUGGUCUUUAAAACACAAGACACUUAAGCCCUGCCAGAAAGAGUUUUGGCAGUUCAGCUUUGAUGAGAUAGGUAAAUACGAUGUUCGAGGAGAGCUGUACUUCAUAAUGAAUAAAACCGGUCAGAAGGAUGUAUAUUUUGUUGGUCACUCAGAGGCUGGAACUGCAGGCUUUAUAGCAUUUGCCACUUAUCCUGAAUUGGCUCAAAGGGUUAAAGUGUUCUUCGCUUUGGGACCAGUAGUCACAACCACAUACGGUACCAGCCCUCUGGUAACACUUACACGGUUUCCCCAGUUUCUGAUCAAGUUAUUCGCUGGCUGCAAAGGAGUUCUUCGCCAGAAUGAACUGCUGAAACCACCUCUGGUAUGGAUGUGCGAAUCUCUGGGAAAAUUUUGUGGCAGUGUCUUAGGCUUCAUAGCUGGGGACAAGGUACAAAAUCUGAACACGAGUCGAACAGAUGUGUAUGUAGGACAUUACCCUGCUGGAACAUCAGUACAGAACGCUCUUCAUUGGCAUCAGGUAAUAUAUGCAGACCAAUUGCAAGCUUAUGACUAUGGCUCUAAGGAAAACAUGAAGAAAUAUAACCAGGUAAGGCAAUACAGUCCUUGCAGACAGCUAAGGAAGUUUGGUUUGCCUGUUCUACUGAUGCAGACAUGUAUUCAAAAACACUUCCAAAAGGCUAAGAGCCAUAGCCAAGUCCUAGAACUGGAUGAAUAUGGAGCUCUUCACUGCCCCAAAAAUCCUCAAGCCUACUCCUCCUGUGUACAAGAUAGAGGAAAUAAACACCCCAAUUGCUGUCUGGAGUGGUGGACGGGACAAAUUUGCAGAUCCGAAAGACACGGCAAAGCUGCUUCCUCGGAUUAA